GAACCAUUCAGCGGCGAUGACUAUGUAGAGAGACUGGCAUGGAAUGUACAAGGUGGUACAACUGAAAGGGGACCCGAGUCAUUUGAUCCACAGAAACUCUUGCUGUCAUUCGGUAACACUAUAGAGGAGCUGAAGCUGUUUGGUGAGAAGGUGCAUAAAAGAAUAGAAAAGUUAGAACAGACUGUACAGACUGAAUAUAACAGACAUGCUGAAACAUUGGUAGAUUUACAGAAAAACCAGCAGGGAGCAUUUAGUCUAUUUCACAAACUGGAUGAACGUAUCAAUGGUGUUGCCACAAAAGUAGUACAUCUUGGCGAUCAGCUAGAGGGUGUUAACAUACCUAGGCAGAGAGCAGUAGAGGCUCAGAAAUUAAUGAAAUAUUUCUCCGAGUUCCUGUCUGAUAAAGAACAGUAUUCAGAUAUUUUCACUGAUCCAUUUCAGCUCCAAGAAGCAGCUGAUGUUAUUCAGAAACUCCAGUUGAUAUCACAAGAACUCCCCCAAGAAAGAUUUGGUGAUGCAAAGGAAAGAAUCGAUGCUAAAUGUUUAGAAAUUGAGAGGGACCUAAUAUCAGAGUUCAAAUCAGCACACACAGCUGGUGAUACCCAAAGAAUGAAAGAUUUAGCAACAAUACUUUUGCAUUUCAAGGGUUACUCUGAUUGUAUUGAUGCUUUUAUUGAAGAAAGUCAAAAGCCUUUGCUGUGGCAUCAAGAUUUGUUUCCUGAGCUGUUAAGCCUCUGUCAAAAAGUCAAUAAAGUGAUUAUGGCAGUUUUCAUUAGUGCACCUGAGACAGUGAUGGGGAAGUUUGUUUUAAAUAUUUACAAAGGAAAGUUGCAGGAAGUUAUAACUGAGAAAUUGUCAAAUCAGAUAGAUUCAGAAAUGUAUUUAAAAAACCUGUCUGAUUUGUAUGGAAGGUUACAUGACUUGCAAGCACGUAUACGGAAUAAAACUAAUAUUAACAUCGGCCAUACUUCUACCGUAGACUAUGGCGGUGAAACAUUUCUCUCACAAAGUCUAGCACUAAGCUUAUUAAAUGAAUCCAAGCAAGCACUGCUGAGAUGUGAACUGCUUUCCAGCCAGACAAGCUUGCCGCUCAAUGCCACAGAGAUAUUUUAUAUUCUGGUAGAUCAUCUGUGCUAUGAACUCAUCGAUUAUGCCCUUGAUGUAGGGCUUCAAG